AUGGAACUUUUCAAAACAUUAGACUGUAAGGGCAUAGUACCAGAUACUCCAGUGUAUAACAGUCUGAUUAGCGGAUUUUCUUUAAAUUCUAAAUGGAAGGAAAUGCAGUCCCUGCUUAAUGAAAUGAAGUCAAAGAAUGUACAUGAUGUUAAGACCAUGAACAUAGUCAUAGAUAGCUAUUGUAAAGCUGGUAUGGUAGAUGAGGCACAAAAGUUGGUUAAGGACAUGGAGUGCAGGGGUCCCAGACCAUCUCUGGUUACCUACAAUACACUGAUUGAUGGUUUUAUCACUAGAGGACAGAUAGAAGAAGCAAGGGCUUUGUUUGACAGUCUAAAUUCUAAAGGUUUCACUCCCACCGUGGUUACUUACAACUCUAUCAUGUCCUAUUAUUGUAAGCACAAGAAAAUGCGAGAGGCAAUGUCUCUGUUUGAUAAAAUGAGCCAAGAAGGUGUCAGUCCCAGUCUCAUUACCUACAACAUAUUGUUGUAUGGUUUGUUUAAGAUCAAGAAAUUAAGAAAAGCCGUGGUUUUCUUCAAUGGGAUGACUGAGAUUGACAUAUCUACAUGGAGGAUUCUCCUACACGGCCUCUGCAGUCUUGGCCUUCUGGACCAGGCAGGCUGGGUUUUGCAAGCUUUUCCAUUCCCAGACGUACAAGGUUACAACAUCCUCAUCCAGGGGGCAGCGAAAAGUGGGAGAAGGGACCUCACAUCGGAACUUCUUGUGGGUAUGAGACAAAGGGGGCUCAAGCCUGACAAUCGAACCCUCAACAUACUUUUGCGCUCAUAUUUUGUUGCUGGAGAUACAGAAUUGGCCAUCCAAGUUUUUGAAGAUAGUGAAGAGCUUAGAGGUCCAGACAGUUACCACAUCUUUCUUGAAGGCUUGAUCAACAGUGCUCAUCAUGCCCAUCUGGUUCCUCAGGUUUUGCAACUCAUGGAAGACAAAAACAUCGCCCUCAAACUGCCUAUUCCUCCUACUGCCACCAAACUUCUUGGGUUGGAUGGGUCAGAGAAGUAA